GGAGCAACCAAUAGCAUCAACCGAAAUACCAAUAACAGUGGAUUACCAAUCACCUGUUAUAGCAAGAGCAAAUGAUAAAUGGUUUCCUUUUAGUUUCGAGAGGGAAGGGCAACUCGAUAAAUAAUUUAAAACACUGAAUUUAUUUUCACAAUACAAAAACCACCAUUUUUAGAAAGGAAACUUUGAAUCGUAAUUCAAACACAUCUACCACCGUGCGGAAAAGUUCGUCUUACUCCUGUAAGACUCUUUAUUUUUUUCUUCAUUUGAUUAACAUGAAACGUUAUCUAUUAAGUUCAUUUUUUUUGCAAGAUUGUUAGAAAUCGUAAACAAAGUUAAUUUAAUCGUUAUCAUCUGAUUGCGCGAGAAUGAACGUGAGACUUCUCUGUGGAUUUCAUUAAAUUGUAACACCGAAAAAUCAUUCAAUUUUUUUUUUCUCGGGGAAAGUAUCACAUUUAUUGUUGAACACUCAUGCCUUGUUUGUGUUUUUUCUUCAUGAAAUUAGCACAGCAAUGUACCACAUCAAACAACACACUAGGCAGUUGCAGCGAUUUGUUUAGGUGUAAGGUCCUUCGUGAUAUUUACCAAAAUCCACUUUCAACAAAGGAUGAACAAACAUAUCUAAAUUAUAGUUAUUAUUAUUGUGAACGCGGAAUGGUUUGCUGUCCCGUGGAAGAAAAUCAAACAACUCCAGUCGUCUCAACAACUCUAGUCUAUCCAAUAACUCCAUUUACUGAAUUUGCUACUCCAACAAUUCAAUAUCCAAACGAUAUCGAACAACAAUGUACCACACCAGACAACAAACCAGGCAGUUGCAGCGAUUUGUUUAGGUGUAAGGUACUUUACGAUAUUUUCCAAAAUCCAAAUCCAACAAAUGAUGAACGAGCAUAUCUAAUUUCCUAUUAUUAUAAUAAUUGUGAAGGCCAAAAGGUUUGCUGUCCCGUGGAAAAAAAUCAAACAACUUCAGACUUUACAACAGCUAAAGUCGUCCCAUCCAGUCAACCUCCUCCAUGUAUACCACAAACUACAACCGUAUCACCGCCACGAUCUCCCGGUAAAUUACCUGAAAGAGGCACUUGUGGAAUUCAAAAAAGCCAACGUUUCAUUUUUGACGAGCAAGCUGAAAUCACUGAGCAUCCAUGGCUAGUAUUAAUUGAAUACACAAAACCAAAUGAUGAAAAAGACUUCCACUGCGGUGGAAUUCUUAUCAAUGAGAAUUAUGUCCUUACUGCUGCGCAUUGUGUGAACAACAAUGAUAUUAAGCUGUGGGAAUGGAGAUUAUCAGGAGUCCGGCUUGGCGAAUGGAAUACGACAUCUGAGCCAGACUGUGAAAACGACAUAUGCUCCGAACCAGUUCAAAAUAUUCGUGUUGUAGAGCAUAUCACGCAUGAAAACUAUGAUCCACAUUCGAAAGAACAAGAUGCAGAUAUUGCUCUAUUGCGUUUGGAAAGAUCGGUCAAUUAUACGGACUGGAUUCAGCCCAUAUGUCUACCCACAUCGGAAGUGAUGAACAAAAGUUAUGAUAGGCAGCCUUUGAUUAUCGGUGGAUUUGGAAAAUCAGAGACAGUGUCGGGCAGUAGUCUCAAGAUGUCGGCCGAAAUAAGUGGUGUUCCACAUGAAGAAUGUAACAAUUUUUAUCGUGAAUACAAUGUCACUAUAACAAACAAACAACUAUGUGCUGGCGGUGAAAGUGAAAAGGAUUUUUGUCAAGUCGAUUCAGGUGGGCCAUUGGUGGAAAUGGUACAGGCGAAUGAACUUAAUGAUACACAAUUUUACUAUAGCUUGGUGGGCAUUGUUUCAUUUGGAAGAUUGCCGUGUGAAUCAUCGUGGCCAGCCGUUUACACCCGGAUUGACCGAUAUACGAAUUGGAUCAAAGAUAACGUGAAAGCAUAAAAAUUGACAGAAUCGCACACGAUGACUAACUUUAUACGAAUCUCAGAAUAUUACUCAAGAUAAAAAAAAUCAGUUUUUUGCUAUUAUUAUGAAUUUCUCAUUUUUUCAAUAAAACGAACA